UUGUUAAAAUAAAUAUUGGUUGCUUUGUGUCAUUAAAUUGCAAGAAAUAAUGGCGUCGUUAAAAGUAGCAGUUAGGGUUCGCCCCUUUAAUCAAAGGGAGAUUGCUAUGGAAUCAAAACUUAUAAUAAAAAUGGACGGAAAAAAGACCAGACUAUUGAAUAAGGUUUCUUCAACACGACAACUUAAUGAUGAAAAAGAUCAAUAUAAGGACUUUACAUUUGAUUACUCAUACUGGUCACACAAUAAUACUGAUGAAAAUUUUGCAUCACAGGAACAAGUAUACUCUGACCUAGGAAAUGAUGUAGUUGAUAGUGCAUUUGAAGGCUAUAACGCUUGUGUUUUUGCUUAUGGCCAAACUGGAAGUGGUAAAACUUUUACCAUGAUGGGGACACCGGAUUGCCAGGGCUUAAUACCUAGAAUCUGCAAGAAUUUAUUCAGUCGAAUGCUCACUGGUAAAGAACAAGGUGCAAGUUAUCGUACAGAAGUAAGCUAUUUGGAAAUAUACAAUGAACGUGUAAAAGAUCUUUUGAGUACUGAUUCCGGACAUAGUUUAAAGGUUCGUGAACAUCCAAAAAGUGGUCCUUAUGUUCAAGAUUUAUCAUCACAUCUAGUUUCUGAUUAUGGAGGAAUUCAAGAGUGUAUGCUUAGAGGUAAUUCACAUAGAACAACAGCUUCCACCAAUAUGAAUGAUGUAUCAAGUAGAAGUCAUGCCAUUUUUACUGUUACAUUUGUUCAAGCUGGUUACAGUAAUGAUAUGCCAAGUGAAACCGUUUCUAAAGUACAUCUUGUUGAUUUAGCUGGAAGUGAAAGAGCUGACUCUUCUGGAGCAACUGGUCAGCGUCUAAAAGAAGGGGCUCAUAUAAAUAAAUUUGUUACAUUGGGAUCUGUUAUUUCAGCUUUAGCUGAAUUAUCUUCUUCAACACAAACAUCAUCUAGCAAAUCUAAACAUUCAUACAUACAUAACCGAGAUUCAGUGCUUACUUGGUUGCUUAAAGACAGUCUCGGUGGUAAUUCAAAAACUAUAAUGAUUGCAGCAAUAUCACCAGCUGAUUGUAAUUAUGGAGAAACUUUGAGUACUUAAGAUAUGCUAAUAGAGCUAAGAAUAUUAAUUAAUAAACCUACAAUUAAUGAAGAUCCAAAUGUUAAAUUAAUCCGAGAACUUAGAGAAGAAAUUAGUAAAUUGAAGUCAAUGAUGUCGGAUACAAGUUUGCUAUCUGAACCACAAGUAUUAGCUGCUUUGCAUCAAAAGACACAGGAAAAAGUUCUUACUGAAGAAUGGACUGAAAAAUGGCGAGAAACUCAACAAAUUUUACAUGAGCAGACUGCUUUGGGACUACGCAAAGCUGGUUUGGGUGUAGUUCUGGACAGCGAUAUACCGCAUCUCGUUGGCAUCGAUGAUGAUUUACUCAGUACAGGUGUUACUUUGUAUCACUUGAAGGUAAUUUUAGAAUUUUUUAUAGGAAGGAAAACUUUAAUAGGAUCAGAUGAAGCAACAACAACUCAAGAUAUUGUUCUGAAUGGCCCAGAUGUUCUACCUAAUCAUUGCAGUAUUACACUGAAUAAAGGUGUUGCAGUAAUUCAUCCAAAAGAGGGUGCACAGUGUUGGCUCAAUACAGUGCUAUAG